AGUUUACCGUAGCUUUGAUCAACGCGACGCCGGCCGCUGGCCCCGCCGGGUGCAUGAUGUGCCGCUUUUGGAAACAACAUUCUCGUUACCUUGGAAGCGCCGUCAGCGUUAUCGUAGCAUCAUGCUGACUUCAAAAGUUCGUCAUGAAAAUGUCCCUCUGGUUUUAAAUUUUUGCAAUAUUUUUUUGUCGCCGAGUGUCAGCUCAGAGACAGACAAGAGCUGUUAUGUACCGUGCGUGUCUGUGUGGACGGAUGGAGGAGAUGGCUGUAAUCCCCUACAGCUAUCAACCAUUUACUUGUACUGACUGUAAUCGUUUUAUUCCUGCUGCCACCCUCCCUUCUCUCGUUACUCGUUGACUUGUCACACAAUGUUACUAGUGUCUCGAAGUGGAGCUGCCGUGGAAGUGUUGUAGUUCAAGGACGCUUCAGCAGCAGUGCGCGGCCUGUGGGCGAGGAGGAGUUCAAAACUUCUGACCCCGAGUGGUGGCUUUCUUCUUUUUCUCAUAGAGCACAGUGUUUUGGUGGCACAUGUAGGUAGUGAGAACAGUGGUGCAGCUGUGUCCCACAUGUCGUAGUACUGUUACUGAUGGCGUUUCAACUUCUGGAGGACUACAUUCAAAAACAGCUGAAUCCUGCGGAACGAUGUAGGACAGCUGUGCUCGGCACUCUUCUUGAGGGUCGCGGAACUCUGCGAUCCAGCAGAGUAGUCGCUGUUGUGUCUGGACAGUCGGAGACCUCUGAAUGUGCUUUAUUUAUAUACAAAUUUCUCGGCACCAAGCCAACCAUUCAUUCGGUGUACAGCUUGGAUGGUGUCUAUUUCAUCAACGAUGCGUUCUCGGUCACAAUCCUCAAUGCCACCGAACGGGCGGAGUGCCUCAUCAAGGAGCCAGACUCAAUUCAGGCAGUGAAGUUUUGCAUUUCGACGAAUGACAGCUUGACAUUUCUUUUUGAGGCGGAUCAGCCAUUUUUGUUUCUUCUGAAGGAAAUCAACGGCGGAGUUCGUGCCGGCUUUGGGAAGCACCACACAGAUGUGUCCUGGCUUGAUACCUACGCUGGUAAGGUACUGAAGAGAACGUCCUUCGCUCGUCCACAUGCUGCUACGAUAACUCCAGAGACCGGCGCACUAAUAGACUUGGGUGAUGAUGUCAUUGCAUCUGCACGGGCAUCGGCGUCGGCAUCGGACCCACCCAGUGCUUCUCGUGCAUCGACGUUUUACAGUACAAAUCCGUUUGCUCCAGACGUGGUGGCAGCAGCAGCAGCCGAUACCAAUGUUACUACUGGUAGCGUUGCUUCCUCGGAUUCUCAAACCGACAUGUUUGACUCCCCCAAUUUCUGGUGCCCAUCUCCUUCAUUAUCGGAGCGGACAGUUGAUACUGAUUUGAGUUCCCCGCGAGGUGCUAGUCCAGUAAACAUUCCGUCUUCAGGCGAUCGGUCCACGGCAUCUUUCUCGGAAACAACGGCGGCUGGAUCUCCCGGCAGUGUUGACUCAGCAUUAGUACUGCGAGACAAUGGCCAGGCUAAUAACACCCUUACCGUAACCGACGGCAAGAAAGGUGGCAAGAAGGACUUUUUCGAUGCUGCCAUGGCCGUGGGAAAGAGCCCAAUGACCAUCAUGAAGCGUGCUGGCCGCUUGGCCAACUCUCCGUUGCUGAGUCGAAAACAGGCUACGCAGGCGUCAACGUCGAAAACUGGGUCGGCUGCGGGCAUGCCGACCUACAGCCGUCACUCCUUCCUAGGGAUGAAGAUGGCCAAUCGUGAAGAUCAAUUCACGUACAAGCAAGGCUUCCGUGUGUUUUGCGGCACGUGGAAUGUCAAUGGCCAGUACCCAAAGGAAGGAUUGCAGCCGUGGCUUGGGUUGGAUGCGGACGCACCAGAUAUGUAUUCAAUUGGCUUUCAGGAGCUUGACCUGAGUGCAGAAGCUCUACUGCUCAACGACAGCAGUCGGGAAGACGAGUGGAUUCGAGCCAUCCAAGUGGGGCUGAACCAGCGAGGUGGUGCUCGGUAUCAGAAGAUCAAGCACAUUCGCCUGGUUGGCAUGCUGCUGGUGGUCUAUGUGCGUGACAAGCACGUGGAAUUUGUGCAAGACGUGGAAGCACAGAUGGCAGGAACCGGGCUAAUGGGCAUGAUGGGCAACAAGGGCGGUGUGGCCGUGCGCUUCCAGUUCCACAACACGUACAUGUGCUUCGUCAACUCUCAUCUUGCUGCCCAUGCCGAGGAAGUAGAAAAGCGAAAUCAGGAUUACGCUGAGAUCACGUCACGCCUGGAGUUCUCCGAUGGCAAAACGAUAAUGGACCACAACACCAUAUUCUGGAUGGGUGACUUGAACUAUCGCCUGAUUGGCAACGACAGUAUUGAUGACCUCAUGAUCCGAGAGCUAGCAUCCGGUGGUCACAUCGACGAGCUCAAGAAACUUGAUCAGCUUCACGAGGAACGGGCACGCGGGAAUGUUUUCAAUGGCUUCUCCGAAGGCGAGAUCACGUUUCGGCCGACUUACAAGUUCGAUCCUGGCACUGACAACUGGGAUAGCAGCGAGAAGAACCGACCGCCGGCGUGGUGUGAUCGGAUCUUGUGGUGUGGUAGUGACGUUGAGCAGCUCGGCUACAGAGGUCAUCCCCAACUCAUGCUUAGUGACCAUAAGCCUGUCAGUGCUAUAUUCAAAGUACCGAUCAGUGUGAUUGAUGUGGAGAAACACCGGCAGGUUUUUGAGGAGGUGUCUCGAGAGAUGGAUCGGCUGGAGAAUGACAGCAUACCGGUUGCUUCACUAGCUACGAAUGAGCUUAUUUUCAAUGAUGUCCGUUAUCGAGAAGAGCAGUCUCGCCUCUUGGAGAUCUCCAACGUUGGCCAGGUGCCCAUGCAGUUUUCGUUCGUCCCCAAGCCGCAAGAGCCAUCGUACUGCAGGCCCUGGCUGUGGAUCAAGCCUGCUGUUGGCUUUGUCUAUCCAAACAAGUCGGUGAAGAUCUCAAUGACUAUGUUCGUUGACACUGAGUCCGUGGCAGGUCUGACAUCAGGACAGGAGAAGCUAGAAGACAUUCUCAUCUUCCACCUGGAGGGUGGAAAGGAUUACUUCGUCAGCAUCAGCGGCCGAUUCAUCAAGACCUGCUUUGGCAUGGGUUUGCAUGCACUCAUGGCACAAGAUCUGCACGUGCGAGAAGUACCUGUCGCUGACCUGCUUGGUGGGGUUUCAGACCAGCCGAAGAGUACUGUACACGCCAUGCACAGGCGAAUACAGAUCCCAAAGGAGCUGGUGUUCCUAGUCCAGUACAUCACUGAUCACGGCAUGGAUUCGGAGAACUUGUUCCUUGAGUCUGGAACACGGCAUGACUUCUUACAACUAUCUGAGUACCUUGACACUGGUGUUGGAUCUUACAGUGGUCCAGUGAACACUGCUGCCGAGGCGAUGCUGCUGUUCCUGGAGGCCCUGCCGGAGCCCGUCAUCCCGUUCCAACACUAUCAGCGAUGCUUGGAGGCCAGCAAUCAGUACCUGCUGUGCCGUCAGGUGCUGUCCAAGAUUACACCACUAAACCAGCGGGUGUUUAUGUACAUGAUCAAGUUCUUGAAGGACCUUAUAGCGCGCACCGACAGGAACAAACUAGAACCCAAACUUUUAGCAACUUUGUUUGGCAACGUGCUGAUACGAGCGCCAAAGGCCAUUGCUACUAAGCUUGCUAGCAGCAAACGCUCGCAGUCCAGUGCAUCCAAGAAGGCGUCCGCAUUCCUCUAUCAUUUCCUUGUCGAGCGCUGAUCGCGCAGUUCCCUAGAAAGUGAGCACAUGUGCAUGUUCUAGUGGAACUUCUCUUUGGCUUUGUCCACCAGUUUGUCCUAGGUGUGUAUUCCUGGCUAUUUGUGUUGUUCUUUUUCACCUAGACCUGUUGAGUAUUCACAGACACUGGCUGGCGCUGCGCCAUGUAGAUGUAAGUGUGUGCAGGCGCAUUGCGUUGUGCAUUGUAGUCUUGUUGUGGUAAUUGUGGUAUCCUUCAUCUUAUCUUUCAUGGUUUCCGAGACGAAGCGUUCCGGACUUGGCACAGCAUCAUUGCGCUUGCUUUUUUGGCCCAGCUUCUAUGUACUGAAUAGAGCCAACACUUUCACAAAGUGUUCCAUAUUUUCUCCUUUUUUUUCGUUAAGAUUAUUUAUCACAUGGCUAUGUGUACUUUGUUUUGCUGCUGCUGCCGCUGCCUUUGUCUCGGCCAUAAUGCCCUGUGAGGCUGUACGGUCCUGUUACCCCCUGUCUCUCUCUCUCUCUGUCUCUCUCUCUCUCUCUCUCUCUCUCUCUCUCUCUCUCUCUCUCUCUCUCUCUCUCUCUCUCUCUCUCUCUUCGCUCACCCAUUCACAUAUUUUAUAUUAGCGGUACACACGCCUCCCAGAUCCCCUGUUCCUAUAGUAAAGACGUACCCGGAGGUCGUUAUUUUUUGUUUUGUUUUUAAUUGUCCGUACCUAGCCCAUGUGAGGUGCUACUGCUGGUAGAACGACUCUAUGCUGCAUCUCUUUCUGCGUUGUAUAUUUCUCUUCUCGGUCAGUCUCUGUGUGGGUGGAGUCUCAUCCCGAUCAUGUCUGCUUGAUUAUGGCAAAGAUGCCUUAGCAGUAUCAUCUUGUCAAUCGUUGUGUCCUGUCCAUCUGUAGAUGGUAUUGCCCCUGCCGUUAUGUGCCCCCUGCUGCACCUGUGCAAUGCUUGCUUCGUUUUCUAUUGCCCUCCUCUUUUGUCCAUCUGCUGUCCAGUUCUGAGUAAAAGUACGAGUCAAUGA